GAUGUAUUGCUGCACGUGCCUAUGAGUCGCGGCGUGGAGCGACUCCUAAACGAGGUGAUGGAAGGCAUGGACCAAGACGAUCUGGUCACCAAAUCGGCACCUCCAGCUGGGUCUAGUUCGGCGGCGAAACUCACAUCACCAUCAGCGAGUGAUCCAGCUUCGAAUUCUUCAACUGCGGCAGGGAACGAUCUCAUUGCCAAAUCCACCUUCCUGGUGACAAAACCUACUUCUCUAGCAACAUCAACCGGGACCACUGAAGCAAACAAAAAAGGGUCACCAGGAGCUAUCAACAGCAAAAAUGAUGGGGUGACUGUGAAUAGGCCAAGAUCGUCUGCUUUUGAUGUCACAAACAAGUCAACUAAAUUAGAAGGCUUCUACUCCCCUGAAGCAAAGGAGCUCCAGGCAAUACUUAAGAGACACCAGAACAUCCUUGCCGGAGAAAGUACUCUACUAGAGAAGCUCAAAGUCCCUCUAGCUAACAACAUCUCGAUGCCAAGCCUUGUCCUCCCGCCCGGAACAGCAGCAAAGUAUCUCGAUAGGACUCAAAGAUGUAAAAAAGGCACUAAGGGAGCAGCCGAUCGAUGAGGAGCUAACCAUAACUAGAAUAGAGUCUGUGAUAAGUAUGUGGAAGAUCAUAUGCAAACGAGGUCCCGCCAGACCUUGAGAUUCUGAUUCGCCACCUUGAAGUAGUGGUGGCUCGUCUGGGCGGAAAGGGUGGUCUCACCACUUCCCACACAUCGGCACCCGCGUCGGUGCAAGUGUCAUCUCUGCUGGAGAAGCUCGAUGCAGCUCAUGCGGGGAUCACUCAAGGACUUCGCCGCCUCGAGAAGGAAGGGCCCCGCCUAGAGGGACACCUUGCCAACCUUGCCUCCAUCUGCAACGGACAAAAGAAGUUGGCUGAAGAACAUCAGACGCUUGCCAGCAAACAUCAACGGCUUGCCGAGGAGUACAAGGUCCUCUACGAGAAGGAAACCGAGAUGGCGGCACUAGCUGAAAAGCGCACAGGUGUCCUAGCUGACAUGAUGACUUCUAGCUUCCGCCAUCUUGAAGCUCACGAGGAUGCCAUUCGGACUUCUUCGAAGGUGGCCGAGUCGUAUGAAAGACACCGUGCAGAGGCCACUGCCUUCCUGGCCGCCGGGGGAACAUUUCCGGAGAUUGCUACAGUCCUCGCGUACAAAGCUCCUGAGUGAGGGAGCGAACUAGAGAUCAUGGUCUGCUCUGCAAAAGCUGCACUUAGUUCAAAUAGAUUUUUUGUAUCUUAGUUAAAUAUAAAUUGUCCUAGCUCAUCCAAAACAAAGAUU